ACCACGCCGAGAGGAGCCGGGUGCCGCUUCGCUGUUUAAGCCGGAACAGUCUACCAGCCCGGUCUGGCCCAGUCAGCAUCAGUAGCGCAAGGUGCCUUUUGUUACCAUGCACGGACGUCCUAUCCGUCCAUCACGAUCGCCAUCCAUGCAUCGGUCGCCUGACAUUUCGAGCCCUCCUAGACUGACGCCGCCAUUGCCACAAUCAUUGAACUUUCAGCAAGGUGCCCUAUCUUUAGGCAAAUGCAAAGUUGCCCUUGAUCCUGAGCCAGCGAACUUGCUAUGCCUUGGAGAGAGUCCAUCGCCUUUUCACUGCUCAGUUCCGCCACCAGUGGUUACUUCAACAGCAUGUGGCAUGGAUGCAGAAGCUGCUUCUCUUUUGGGCUCAUUAGCUGUGACAAGGUCUGUGCAGCUAAGAGAAAGAACUUCUUUUUGUGAGCAAGAUACUUUUCGCCCGUUUGCUGCUGUAACACCACAUCAGCAACAAGUGAUACCUGCUUACUUACACACCAGUCCGCUGCCAGUCAGGACAACUAUCAAGCAUUCUAUAACAUGUGCAGAACAAAAGUGAGACCUCCCGUCGCCCCUUUUCUAGCAUCUGGAGAGUAUAGCAAGCCAGGAAAUGUCAUCGGUGGGUCAUCCAUUGUGCACGAGUACGAUUCUGACACACGAGUUACUCAAAGUUCGGCGCCUACUACUUGCAUCACAAUGAGCAACAGCAGCAUCCACACAAAACAGAAAAAGGUUUGGUUGCAACGGCACUCUGAAAUCAAUAAGCCUCGUGAUGGAGAGGCACACUUUGGACGGCAGCAGUGCUUCUGUUUCACCUUCCAAGCAGCAACAAGUACCGAUUGAGACGACCAUUAAUGCGCACGGCUCAGAAGCAGACGGCUUCAUAAAGGAGGAAAAACGAGCAGGGAGUCGCAAGACAAGGAGUACCAGAAAGCAACGAGUUAACAGGGACAAAUCUGGUAGCAAGUUGCCACGUGGGAACUGAGAGAAACAGUGAUGCAGCUCUUGAAGAAACAUCUAAAAAGGAAGAAAAACAAGAGAAUAUUUUUGGAAGAGAAAGCAAGAGGCCCAAGGGAAUUGAGCUCAAUACAACUGAUGAAUUGGCUACAAUGCCUCGGAAAGAGCAAGCACGAUCCGCAGAAAAGCGAACGAUUGACCAACUGAAGAAGUCUGGUGAGUCAUUUCUCCAGGAUGCAUCUUGUCAUGAAGUUGCUCCAAAGCUGCCUAAGUGUAGAGAGUGUAACAUGACACCAAGCCAGGAAAAAAAGGAAACUCCGAACAUUAUCUGCCGCUUCUACGCAUUCAGAAAGCUACGCUUUAACAAGAGUGGCACUGUGGUAAGUGAUGGCUUCUCGGUACUAAGUGAUGCUUCACAAGAAGAUUUAAAGCUGUGGCUGCCCACAUUAGGUCGUGCACCCAAAGACUUGGAUGUUAACACUGCAAAAACCAUAUUGUUCCACGUGCGCGACCAAUUUUUUGGUCUCGUAGAGCAAGAACAGGAAGCGCAGUCUCUACACAUAGGCCGAGAUAAGACCAUAUUGUGGAAGCGCGUUGUGCAAGGUGUGCGUGAACUGUGCGAUGUCUGUGAAACAACUAUCUUCAACAUUCACUGGAUUUGUGACAAGUGUGGCUUUGUAGUGUGUAUAGAUUGUUACAAGGCAAAGAAGUGUGGUACAGUGAAAGCUGAGGACAUGCUUCCGACGGACAAGGAUGAGUUUCUGUGGCUCUUGUGUGCCAAGCGACAGCCGCACAAACAGAAUAAAUUGAUGAUGACGCAGGUAAUAGUUGGCAGGGCUCUGUUGGAAGUCAAACAAGACCUAGACCGUAUACGCCAUUACUGGGACAUCCCGAGCUACCAUGGCUAUGACUUUCGCAACAGUGAUAGUUACAGGGAGUUCUGCUCCUAUAAUCAGCAGCGCAAGGAACUCAUGAAAGCCGUCAGCAAGUCUUUCGCCCCUGACAAGGAGUGCAUUGCAGCCGAUAGGCAACCUGUGAAUGGCGGCGCCACUGCGUCUUCUGAUAGAGUUGGUUGCACGUACAUGUCAGAGAGUGAAAAUUCUCCCCUGUCAUUGUUGGCAAAUGUGGCACUGACCUGCUCUAAAACUAAGUACAAAAGUGAUCAGCAGCAGCCAUAUAAAGGUGGUAAUGACGAGAAGGGUGAUGACAUUUCCAAACUAUGUGAACUGCUCGCCCGCCCUACUGGUUGCAUUGCUAAGAAGAGACCGGUGGAUGAAGUAGUGACAAUGGCAGUGGAGCAAAUGAUGGGCAAGAAAGAUGAACAGCAGCUGGCACGUUUCUGUCGACGCUUCCCCAGCCCACAAAAAGGCCGUGAAGUCUUGCCUGUGCGUGUCUGCAGCUUAGCUGAGACCUCAUUGCUCUACCCCAAGGUUCCCCAUUCAUGGCUCUGCAAUGGGACUUUGCUUGUACUCCACGAACCACGCAACAAGCACAACUUGUCAAUAUUCCAGGAGCAAUGGAAUCGAGGCCAGCCUGUGCUGGUCGCUGGUGUUUGCAAGAACAUGAAUAUGCCACUGUGGCACCCUGACUGUUUCUGCGAAGACUUUGGUCAAAAACGAAAUGACCUAGUGAAUUGCCGAAAUGGCUGUAUCCUUCCAAACCAGCCAAUGUGGAACUUUUGGGAAGGUUUUGAGAACUUUACCAGGCGCAUGAAAGAUGAAGAUGGACAAUAUAUGCUACUGAAACUGAAGGAUUGGCCACCUGGUGAUGACUUCAGUGACAUGCUGCCCAGCAGGUUCAAUGAUCUUAUGAAUGCCCUGCCACUGCCAGAGUACACUCACCGGGAUGGAGUUUUCAACUUGGCUGGGCGGCUGCCGGAGUGUUUUGUCAGGCCGGACCUUGGGCCAAAGAUGUACAGUGCCUAUGGCUCUGCACUUUACCCAAGUAAAGGCACCACUAACCUACAUCUGGAUGUCAGUGAUGCUGUUAACGUUAUGGUUUAUGUUGGAAUUCCCAAGGAUGGGAAGGAUGAAGAACACAUCAAUGCUGCACUGAAGGCAAUUGAUGAAGGAGGAUGUGAUGUGCUAACACAAAAAAGGGUGAGACAAAAAAAUGCCAAACCAGGGGCUCUUUGGCACAUCUACAAUGCCUGUGAUGCUGACAAGAUCAGAGAUCUACUCAAUAAGGUGGCACUGGAGCGUGGUGAGAAGCUGGAGCCCCAUAAUGAUCCCAUCCAUGACCAGAGCUGGUACCUAGAUCACGAGCUCCGUGAACGCCUUUUCCUCGAAUAUGACGUGGAGGGCUACGCUAUUGCCCAGUGUCUUGGAGAUGCAGUUUUUAUACCAGCAGGGGCCCCACACCAGGUGCAAAACUUGCACAGCUGUAUAAAAGUGGCGGAAGACUUCGUAUCCCCCGAAAACAUUGCUCACUGCUUCAGGUUGACCAACGAAUUCCGGCGGUUGUCUGAUACCCACACAAACCACGAGGACAAGCUACAGAUUAAAAAUGUGAUCUACCAUGCAGUGAAGGAUGCUCUAGUCAUUCUACAGGCUAAUUCUGCUUCAAACCCCAACAAGAAAUAAAUGUUUGUGCCAUAGGCAGAGCAAAUAAAGAAUUAUGUUAUUGCCUCUCUAAA